ACACUUUUUGGCCAAAUCCCGUCUGGCAGUCUGGUAUUCCGCAUCAACCAGGAAAUAGUCGCAAACUAGCAGCAGCACCGAGAGAGCAGACCAGCACAAAUAUGUCAACCGGUGUCGUCUCGUUGGCCGUCGUCGCCGUCGUCGUCGUUAGCAGCGUGAUGCACGUGCUUCUGCUGACAAGUGCAUUUGUGGGAACCACGGCGGAGGGUGCGGUGCGCGGUGCCGAUCGGCACGGCUUCACUUCCGCCAUCAAGUCCACCAUCGAUCGGCAAGGGCUCGCACCGGCGACGUACAGUGCUGCUGGCCAUCGACGAGGUGCGAAGAAUUAUGCCUGUCUGCAGGAUUUGACGCAGACCGUGGUUCCACCCGGUCCGGAACAUACCGAGGACCGGCCAGGCAAUGAAGCGAGGUUGCUGGUGGAGGACAGAACCGUGGUACUUGGCGAGGAUGAGGUUGACGCUGAUAUUGACGCUGAUGACAUUGAUACUGGUAGCGGAACAAAUGUUUCUAGCGCGGCGCUUGGACGUACACUCCGAAGAUACUCAUUUCGUUUGCUGGAAACGAGCCCUCUUUCAAUCACCGUAACGACCACAUGCUCGAGGAAAGACGACCCUCUUACUGGUCCUAGAUGGUGGGUGCUGUACGAAGGACGGUAUAUUGGAGCCCUGGCUAACGGAAGCCAAUUUUUUCGAUCGUGCGUCCAGCGUGGUGUGUACCAGGUGGUCGUUGACACGGCAGGAUAUCCGGUACUCGAUGGAUGUACCUAUCGGCUCGGCUACAAUCGCAAAGGGGUGGAAGAGUUCCGAAGCUGGCCCUUUCGUAAUUUGAGCGCACCAUCUCGAAUAAAAGUGCAGCAACAGCGUCGUCGCUACGUCGUAAUGAUCAAGUGGGAAAAAAGCAAGCUGGACAUCCACGUGAUGAACUAUUGUCUCGCGGUUAGUACGGGCCGGCGUCAGCGAACGCUCUGUCAAGCUUUGGGCAAUUCCAUCCAUAGACCGUCCUGCGAUACAAUCGCCGUCAACGACUUUCUUCACCGGUUUACACCGCGAGACGAACGUAAGCUAGAUUCCGGCGUAGACACUACGAUCGUAUGUACCGGGACCCGUACCCGCCAGCUCAUCCGGGGCAUGAAACCCAACGUGACGUAUUAUGUGGACGUGUUUGCGAUUCACUCACAGCACAACAAUUUAUCGUUCCUGUUGGGUUCAACACAGGUGCAGCUCAAUCGUACCCGUCCAACGCAGCUGCUGGAAGGAAAGAUUGUGGUCGGGAAGCUGUCCACCCUUGGUGGGAUAUCGCUGUUCAAUUUUAAGGUUCCAAAACGCUCGCCAAACAAUUUCUUCAAGCUUCAUCUAACACCCUGCGGCGGUACGGUCAGCCUAGAGGUGCUCAAGAAGAAGCGUCGCAUUAUGGAGCCGGUACGGGACGUGUACUAUCCGCGAACAAUCACCGUGCGAAACGUCCGUCCGGGAGAGCGUUACCUUAUUCGAGUACAUGAAGCCGAUGAUACAUCGCGGCUGAAUCGGAUACAGGUGGCCGUAAGCUCGCGGGAUGACUUUCUCGAUCUACCACGGAUGCCACUCAACAGCACUGUUAUGGAGCUGGUAUCGCUGCGAAAGUGUCACUCCAGUACGAUCGUGUGGUUCGGAUCACCGGACAAAGACGUGACAUACUGUGUAUACGUGUUUAAGCUUCCAAAGACUCAGUACUACAUCAAUAAUGUAAAAAUCCCAACGUACUGCGAGCUGGACAGUCGAGAUGUCUGCAACCAUCCUCAAUUCCACAACAAGCACUGUUUCAACCACAACCAGGACAACCUACUCUCGUUGGACAUCAACAAUCUGCUGCCCGAGCAUUACUACACCGUGUUCGUAACGGCGAGCUCUGCCCGCGGCCGUAGUCUUCCCUAUAAAUCGAUUCGCAUAAAGACGGCCCCAUACUGUCUCGAAAGUAAUCAGAUCCUUCCAAUGGGCGCUAUUGGAUCUGGAAAGGGAGCGAUCAAGACAGUCGGUUUUCGUAAAGCAGGUGGACAAAAGCGUCGCAACACAGCGAUCGCCACCAAGAACAGUUUAUCGGAGAGAGGCACCUUGAAGCGAUCCCGAAAGCAAAAGGAAACACCCAAUCGGAACGUCUAA